GGACUUUUUCCCAUGUCAACAAGAAAACUUUUUAAUAGGGUUUCCAUUUCACGGUAGAAACCUUUCUUCUGCCGAUCCAAUCCCUCUCGCUAGUUUAUAUAUCUGUCGUGCAAGAAACUGAAUUUUAACCACGAUGGCAUCGACGGCGACGAUGGUGUCCUCAGCUGGAGGACUAUUGGCGAUGCUCAACGAGAGCCACCCGGAGCUCAAACUCCAUGCGCUCACUAAUCUCAACACAUUUGUCGAUUACUUCUGGCCAGAGAUCUCUACCUCUGUCCCCGUCAUAGAAAGUUUGUAUGAGGAUGAGGAAUUUGAUCAGAGACAACUUGCUGCAUUACUUGUUUCUAAGGUCUUCUAUUAUUUGGGAGAUCUUAAUGAUUCAUUAUCUUAUGCCCUUGGGGCCGGCCCUCUAUUUGAUGUUUCUGAGGAGUCUGAUUAUGUCCAUACUCUUCUUGCUAAAGCGCUAGAUGAAUAUGCUAGUAGAAAGACUAAGGCUGCUGAGUCAAAUGAUGAGGCAGCUGAUGUGGAUCCUAGGAUGGAGGCCAUUGUGGAAAGAAUGCUUGAUAAGUGCAUAGUGGAUGGAAAAUAUCAACAGGCCAUUGGAAUGGCAAUAGAGUGCCGGAGGUUAGAUAAAGUUGCUGAAGCAAUUGUAAGGAGUGAUAAUCUUGAUGCAGCUUUGACGUAUUGCAGUAAUUUGUCCCACAACUAUGUUAACCGUAGGGAAUUUAGACGUGAGGUAUGGUUACUUAAUACUUUUAUAACCCCCCUGCCAAUCCAAAGUNCAAAUGCACUAACUCACAUAAAAAUGCACCAACAUAUGUAA